CCCCCGUCUCCGCUCACCAUUGACGGAAAGAAAUUGAAAAGGACAGGCAGACCACCAAUUAUUCACUCAGACGUUGACUUUUUUCGAGGGAGCAUCAAAACAGUGUGCUGCGAUGCAACUAUGGAUUUGUAGCGUGGCGUGCCCCUUCCCUGAGCUGGAGAAAGAAAAUGCAAGCAUCACCCAAUGCGCUCUCCUCCCACCACGUCGCCGUGAUCGGGGCAGGAGCCGCCGGUCUGGUGGCGGCACGUGAGCUCCACCGAGAGGGUCACAAAGUGGUGGUCUUUGAGAAAGAUGACCAAGUUGGUGGUCUCUGGAUGUACGAUCCCCGUGUAGAACCCGACCCUCUCGGGCUUGAUCUAACCCGACCUGUUGUUCACUCAAGUCUCUACGAGUCUCUCAGGACCAACUUGCCAAGGGAGACGAUGGGUUUUAUGGACUACCCGUUUGUGACCCGAGAGGGUGAGGGAAGAGACCCGAGAAGGUUUCCGGGUCAUAGAGAAGUGUUGAUGUAUUUGCAGGAUUAUGCCAGGGAAUUUGAGAUUGGAGAGAUGGUGAGGUUUGGGUGUGAGGUGGUGAAUGUAGAGAUGAUUGAUAGUGGGAAAUGGAAAGUGAAGUCAAAAAGGAAGAGACUUGAUGAUAAUGAUAGAGGUGAUGAUUUUGCUGAUCAUGAGGAUUUUGAUGCUGUUGUCGUUUGCGUUGGACAUUACACCCAACCUCGUAUCGCUGAAAUUCCUGGCAUCAAUUUGUGGCCGGGGAAGCAGAUACACAGCCACAACUAUCGUAUUCCUGAGCCUUUCAGGGAUCAAAUCAUAAUUUUGAUAGGAGCUUCUGCGAGCGCUGCUGAUAUAUCCGUGGAAAUUGCUAGACUUGCCAAAGAGGUUCACAUUGCUCGUAGAUCGGCUGUAGAUGAUGAUACGUACGAAAAAAAGCCUGGAUAUGAUAACAUAUGGCUUCAUUCUACGAUAGAAAGAGCAUGUGAAGAUGGUACUGUCAUUUUCCGAGAUGGCAUUGUUAUCCUAGCUGACGUUAUUCUGCACUGCACCGGGUACAAAUAUGGCUUCCCUUUUCUGAAAACUGAUGGCAUCGUGACUGUGGAUGACAAUCGUGUGGGGCCAUUGUACAAGCAUGUUUUCCCUCCAAUCUUGGCCCCGUGGCUUUCCUUUGUCGGGAUACCCUAUUGGACUUUCCCUUUCCCAACGUUCGAAGUUCAAAGCAAGUGGAUUGCUGGUGUUUUAUCUGGUCGAAUUGCGCUUCCUUCACAAGAGGACAUGAUGGAAGAUGUUAAGAUCUACUACUCUGAACUUGAAGCUUCUGGUGUACCUAAGCAUCACACUCAUAACUUAGCUGACUCUGCAAAUGACUACAACAAGUGGCUUGCCUCCCAGUGUCGGUGUUCAUGCUUUGAAGAAUGGAGAAUUGAAAUGUACAGUGAGAUUCUUAAGAACUGGCGUGCCAUGCGAAAUAUGUAUCGUGAAGAAUGGGACGACGACCACCUGAUCUUGCAAGCCCAUGAAGACUUCAACAGACGCAUCUCAAACAAAGUCCAGAGAUGAAAAAAAUUAAGAACAAGCAUUCCAUACAGAAGGUGCAGAGGAACCUUGUCCAUCCUAGUGUCCGUAGGGCUUUCGCCUCUCUGUAUUUUGAGGCCAGGGCUAUCAAUUUCUGUAUCAAAUAUUAUUUUUAACAAUUAACUAAAACAUGUGGUGGAGAAAUUACUAUAGCAAUGAAUAAUAAUUCUCUCCAUGUUUUAGUGUGGCAUUAUAAAAAAAUAUUUGUUUUUUUAUUAA